GGCAUGUGGCCUGCUAGGAGCGCAUUUGGCUUUUCUUAGGGAUGGCUCUUGCUCACCAGAGCCUCACAAAGAUAAUCGCUCAGGAAGUGUUUCAGCCAAUCCCGGGCCGCCUUACACUCCGAUUUGCCGGGCCAGCCAAUCGGGGAUGAGCUCUUAUUAGGCGGCCAGAUCAUCAAGCCGAAGUGCCAAACCCUUUUUCUGUGAGAACUAGGAGCCUGUCCUCCAUGUUUUAUAAGUAUUGACAUUACACAGUGUUAACAAUGCAUCCACAGAGCUUGGCUGAGGAGGAGAUCAAAACAGAACAGGAGGUGGGAGAGGGCAUGGAUAUCUCUACUCGCUCCAAAGAUCCUGGCUCCACAGAGAGAACAGCCCAGAAAAGAAAGUUCCCCAGCCCUCCACAUUCUUCCAAUGGACACUCGCCACAGGACACAUCAACAAGCCCCAUUAAAAAGAAAAAGAAACCUGGCUUACUGAACAGUAACAAUAAGGAGCAGUCAGAACUAAGACAUGGUCCGUUUUACUAUAUGAAGCAGCCACUCACCACAGACCCUGUUGAUGUUGUACCGCAGGAUGGACGAAAUGAUUUCUACUGCUGGGUUUGUCACCGGGAAGGCCAAGUCCUUUGCUGUGAGCUCUGUCCCCGGGUUUAUCACGCUAAGUGUCUGAGACUGACAUCGGAACCAGAGGGGGACUGGUUUUGUCCUGAAUGUGAGAAGAUUACAGUAGCAGAAUGCAUCGAGACCCAGAGUAAAGCCAUGACAAUGCUCACCAUCGAACAGUUGUCCUACCUGCUCAAGUUUGCCAUUCAGAAAAUGAAACAGCCAGGGACAGACGCAUUCCAGAAGCCUGUUCCAUUGGAACAGCAUCCCGACUACGCAGAAUACAUCUUCCACCCCAUGGACCUUUGUACAUUGGAAAAGAACGCUAAGAAGAAAAUGUAUGGCUGCACAGAAGCCUUCCUGGCUGAUGCCAAGUGGAUUUUGCACAACUGCAUCAUUUAUAAUGGGGGAAAUCACAAAUUGACGCAAAUAGCGAAAAUAGUCAUAAAAAUCUGUGAGCAUGAGAUGAAUGAAAUCGAAGUAUGUCCAGAGUGUUAUUUAGCUGCUUGCCAAAAACGAGAUAACUGGUUUUGUGAGCCUUGUAGCAAUCCACAUCCUUUGGUCUGGGCAAAACUGAAGGGGUUCCCAUUCUGGCCUGCCAAAGCUCUGAGGGAUAAAGACGGGCAGGUUGAUGCCCGUUUCUUUGGACAACACGACAGGGCCUGGGUUCCAAUAAAUAAUUGCUACCUCAUGUCUAAAGAAAUUCCUUUUUCUGUGAAAAAGACUAAAAGCAUCUUCAACAGUGCAAUGCAAGAAAUGGAGGUUUACGUGGAGAACAUUCGCAGGAAGUUUGGGGUUUUUAAUUACUCUCCGUUCAGGACACCCUACACGCCCAACAGCCAGUACCAAAUGCUGCUCGACCCCAGCAACCCCAGCGCUGGUGCCGCCAAGAUAGACAAGCAGGAGAAGGUCAAGCUCAACUUUGACAUGACAGCGUCCCCCAAGAUCCUGAUGAGCAAGCCCAUGCUGAGCGGGGGCACCGGCCGCAGGAUCUCCUUGUCGGAUAUGCCUCGCUCCCCCAUGAGUACAAACUCUUCUGUGCACACGGGCUCUGAUGUGGAGCAGGACCCUGAGAAGAAGGCCAUGUCGAGCCACUUCAGCGCAAGCGAGGAGUCCAUGGACUUCCUGGACAAGAGCACAGCGUCACCGGCCUCCACGAAGACGGGACAAGCAGGGAGUUUAUCCGGCAGCCCGAAACCUUUCUCUCCUCAAGCAUCCACGCCAAUCACGACAAAAAUGGACAAAACGGCCACCACCACUGGAAGCAUCCUGAAUCUUAACCUGGAUCGAAGCAAGGCCGAGAUGGAUUUGAAGGAGCUGAGCGAGUCUGUCCAGCAGCAGUCUGCCCCCGUUCCCCUCAUCUCUCCCAAGCGGCAGAUCCGCAGCAGGUUCCAGCUAAAUCUUGACAAGACGAUAGAGAGUUGCAAAGCACAACUAGGCAUAAAUGAAAUCUCGGAAGAUGUUUAUACGGCCGUAGAGCACAGCGAUUCGGAGGAUUCCGAGAAGUCAGACAGUAGUGAUAGUGAGUAUAUCAGUGAGGAUGAGCAGAAGUCCAAGAACGAGCCCGAAGAUGUAGAAGACAAAGAGGGCAGUCAGCUGGACAAAGAGCUGUCUGCUGUCAAAAAAAAGCCCAAGCUGGCCAACCCGGUGGAGAUUAAAGAGGAGCUGAAAAGCACGUCACCACCCAGCGAGAAAGCAGAGCCAGGCUCAGUCAAGGAAAAGGCAAGUCCCCAGCCUGAGAAGGACUUUUCAGAGAAAGCCAAACCCUCGCCUCAUCCCACAAAGGAUAAACUAAAGGGGAAAGAUGAGACGGAUUCCCCAACAGUCCAUUUGGGCCUGGACUCUGAUUCAGAGAGCGAACUUGUCAUAGAUUUAGGAGAAGACCAUUCUGGGCGGGAGGGUCGGAAAAAUAAGAAGGAACCCAAAGAGCCAUCUCCCAAACAGGAUGUUGUAGCUAAAGCUCCACCACUGUCCACUCUGGCAGGCAGCCAGUCUCCCCCCGAAACGCCGGUCCUCACCCGCUCGUCCUCCCAAACUCCCACGGCUGGUGUCACGGCCACCACCAGCACCACGUCCACAGUCACGGCCCCGGCCGCCGCCGCCACGGGAAGCCCGGUGAAAAAGCAGAGGCCGCUUUUACCGAAGGAGACUGCCCCGGCCGUGCAGCGGGUCGUGUGGAACUCAUCAACUGUCCAGCAGAAAGAGAUCACGCAGAGCCCGUCCACCUCCACCAUCACCCUGGUGACUAGCACUCAGUCGUCACCCCUGGUCACCAGCUCGGGGGCCACAAGCACCCUUGCGUCUUCAGUCAACGCAGACCUUCCUAUCGCCACAGCCUCAGCUGAUGUCGCCGCGGACAUCGCCAAGUACACUAGCAAAAUGAUGGAUGCAAUAAAAGGAACGAUGACAGAAAUAUAUAACGACCUUUCUAAAAACACUACUGGAAGCACAAUAGCUGAGAUUCGCAGGCUGAGGAUUGAGAUAGAGAAGCUUCAGUGGCUGCACCAGCAGGAGCUCUCCGAGAUGAAACACAACUUGGAGCUGACCAUGGCAGAGAUGCGGCAGAGCCUGGAGCAGGAGCGGGACCGGCUCAUUGCCGAGGUGAAGAAGCAGCUGGAGCUGGAAAAGCAGCAGGCGGUAGAUGAGACCAAGAAGAAGCAAUGGUGUGCCAACUGCAAGAAAGAGGCCAUUUUCUACUGCUGCUGGAACACCAGCUAUUGCGACUACCCCUGCCAGCAGGCCCACUGGCCCGAGCACAUGAAGUCCUGUACCCAGUCAGCCACCGCCCCUCAGCAGGAAGCAGAUACCGAGGUGAACACAGAAACACUAAACAAGUCAUCCCAGGGGACCUCCUCCAGCACACAGGCAACCCCUUCGGAAACAGCCAGCGCCUCGAAGGAGAAGGAGACGUCUGCUGAGAAAAGCAAGGACAGUGGCUCGACCCUCGACCUUUCUGGCUCCAGGGAGACGCCCUCCUCCAUUCUCUUAGGCUCCAACCAAGGCUCUGACCAUUCCCGGAGCAGUAAGUCCGGUAGCUGGAGCAGCAGCGAUGAGAAGCGAGGGUCGUCGCGUUCUGAGCACAACACCAGUACCAGUUCGAAGAGUCUCCUCCCGAAAGAGUCUCGGCUGGACACCUUCUGGGACUAGGGACAAGUUGCGACACAAGCCAUCUGUCCCACGGAGGAAAAAGAAAACAGAACCUAGGAAACCAGGAAACGGCAAAGAAACGUGAGGCAGAACCCCCACCUUCAGACUUGAGAAUUCCAAACCUUGAGACUUGGCCUUUUCACAGAGGGUCCCUACACUACAUAGCGUCCACUCAGCUUUGAGGACCGAUCCACCCACAUGAACUUACGCUUUAGAUGUAAAUAAUGUACAAUUUGUGGAUGUCACCGAACCUAGAGUACCUUCCCCUUUUUAUAUUUGUAUUGACUUUAACUUAUAAAAAAAAAUAAAAAGAAAAGCAAUUAAAAAAAACACAAUCCAACAACAGAAGGAUGUUUUGGUGUUGGAGGAAGGGAUGGUCCGUCAGCCCAUCUGUCACUUGGGGACUGGGCCCGGGGCUGUCUGUUGCACCCAGGUCCUCCUCCUGGGGUGCCCAGAGCAACGUAAGCUGUUUUCAUUUGUAUGUCUGGACGCAGCACACCAGGAUCGUGAGUUUCGGCACAGAUUCUGUGCUGUCGUGGGCACAUCCCAUCAAGCCAUCGGCCCCUUUCCAAUACUACGUUACGAUGUUAUCAAAUGGAAGCUCUCUGGACCAGAAGGACACGUGCAGAAGCUCGUUUCUUUUAUGUGACUUAAAUAAUGACUCUACUCCUAAAAGGGAAAACCUAAUGUCCUUGUUUACAGAAGAGAAACAGAAAUAAGCCCCACUCAGCUCAAUUGCAGAAGAGAAGAGCAUCGAAGGUUUCAAGUCAUUGAAACAAAGAGAUCUUUUCUUUGCGUUGUAGUUCCUUUCAACACACUCACACAAGCUUGGAAAGAGAUACUGUGCUUUUCGGAAGAAGGACUCCUGGGCAAGACGCACGCAGAGGACAUUUGAGUCUGGGAUGAAGCAUGUCUGUAGUAUUUAUAUGAUGGAAUUCUACGUUUUUAUGUAAGCAUGAAACCAAGGCAGUGAGAGAAAGCGCCCCGCCAUGCUGUCUGUUACACUACGUAUGCUGUAGUUCCAUGUUGUAUGUUGUGUAAAACAAAAAGCAUUGAACAAGCAGAGGGUGAUGUAUGUAUAUGAGAAAAUUAAUUGUACGAUAUCAUUCCAGUACAUCCUGUUGUACAUUUUAGUCUCGUUUACUGUUUCUUCAUUGUUGAUAAGAGGAUGCGAACUGUACAGUUUCCAGCUAGUUACUCGUAUUAGAGAGGAAAUAAAAAGAGAGUAUUAGAAGAAAACAGGAGAGAAAGAACAUUUGUGAAUUGCAGUUGUCAAAAAAAUAGCCUAGCUGGCCUUAUUUGUGAAGCAUAAUUGCUUUUAGCAUAUGGAAGUAUUUUUUCACAUUUUCUUUGUAUAAAAUUUGUAUUAAACUUAAAUAUCUUUUUUGACAAUGGUGUUUCUUUGUGACUAAGCCAGUGGACUCACACGGUAUGCUCUUUUGGGUUCCUCCCCUUCCCGUCCAAUUUUUUCAGAUUCUUCACCUUUUUUUAAUUAAACUGUUUUGGAAAAUACA